AUGGGUGGCCUUCCAAUGCCGCAGAGGCUUCGGUGGCGAUGCCACAUCCUGUUGCUGGCCGCACUCAUGCCAUGCGUGACGCUGGCAGAUCUUGGAGUGGCAGAUUCAGCUGCGCAUCAUGAUGACUCGGCCUCUCCUGCAGCUCCUGCGGUUGCCUCCUCCGACUCGGGCAAAGAUGGGGACUCUGGUGCUUCAGAAGCUCCAGUUGCCGUCGACAGCGAUAUUUCUGCACCAGCUGCUCUGGAGGAGAUUGUAAAGGCUAUUCGCAGUGAGUUGGAGAACAAAAAGUACCAACCAGUGGUGGCAGCACUUGCCUUUGUCUUUGGGUGUGUUCUUGUCUUUGACGGGGAGUUCUGUUUGCGGUGGCUGAUCGCAAGCGCGGUCUUUGUAGUGGUUGCUAGCAUGGCCAUGAACCAAGUCUCUAGCUCUUGGGAGCUGGGCAGCAAAGAUGACAACAUUCUUCGAUACAUUGUGGGUUUGGAGGCAGGAUGCAUUGGUGCUUUCGCAGCCUUCAAGGGCAUGGAUGGGAUGCGAGUUUCGGUAGGUGCUGCAUUGGGUGUUUUAGUGGCACUAAAGACCGAGGAGGUUCUGGCUGAGCAUGGGGUGAACAUGGAGAAACACAGGUGGAUAGAGGUAGUCUACUACAGUGCUUUUGCCAUCUUCUCAUCGAUUUUGUUGUACAAGAACAAACACCUCAAGCUGCUAGCGGUGCUUUCAGCUGGCCUUGGCGGUGCUUUCUGCUCCUCUGCAAUUGCGUUUGCGGUGACUACCUUAGCAGUACAAGGGUACCUCCCCUUCCUCGACCAGGCGUGUCCUGGCCUAACUCCCAAGACAGGGAGCUGGGUGCAAUUCUUUGACAUGCUUUGGUUGCCAAAGGCUCCUGUACGAGGAAUUUUUGUUGAUUCGAAGUACAACCCUGUCAUAGAGGGGAACACGUUCAGUAUGGACAAGAUGGCUGAUUACUGCCUUUGGUUCGCUUUCUGGCUUAUCGGAAGCGUGGUUCAGCUCAGGAGACUGAGAAGGGCAGCUCUUCCUAAGCUACCGGUCCAGGAGCCAUUGCUUGGAGAACUUCCCAAGUGA